CUAGCCUUUUGUCCCUGGCCAGAAGAACUGAAGCGGUCAUCUCCGUCCUUCCCGUACACCCAGGAUGAGACAGCGCCGUAUCACCACGCACGCCCCUGAUCUGGACGGCACAGCCGAGUCCGUGGCGGCGUGGUCCUUCUCCCCAGGUCACUGGAUCCAGCCGAGAUUCAUCCUGGAUGCAUCGUCCAGCCGCUGCCCUCGAUGCCUCCGCUGCGUCUCUCUCCGUGGCCCAGCCGCUGCCCUCGAGUCACCGUCCGACAGCCUCGACACCUACCGGCAGUCGGACGGGCGCGCAGCCGCACCUGUUAACAUCCAAUUUCACAAGAAGGUGCUCUUGCAGUUUAUACACGCAGGGGACUUUCUGGACUGGCGCUAUGCCGCUCUAACCUUCUCUCCUCCUCUGUUCCAACUCCCCUCCUCCUCGUUCCCCCAAUCUUUCCCUCGCCCUCUGAUCUCUCUCUAAUCCCUUGUCACAUCUCUCUUGUGGAUCCUUUCUUAUCAGCUGUCCUGCUUUGGCCCUCCCGGUCACUUGUGGUUCUGGACGGGCGGGUUUCUAGCAUAAAAAGAGAGCUUGCUCGUCCGGAUGCGGACGAGCCUGGGGAAAAGAGUGUUAAUCAGGUCACUCAGCUCUCUUCUCGAGCGAUUGCGCCAGAUCCUGGGAUUGAGCUCACCAUGCAAGCGCUGUCCAUCAGCGAACCGGCGAUUGUUUAUAUUCAGGCUGAACAGAGGCUUGAGGAGGGUCAGGAUGCAGAUUUCAAUUUUCUCAUGAAGCUUGCUUCUACAAGAGGUCCAAUCAGAGUUCUUUCGGUUUAGGCUGUGCAGCACUCUAUGGCUAGAGCAUGGAUGCUGUUAUGUUUGUGAUUACUCCUCAGCCUUGGAGCAUGGGUUCGGAUAACUUUCUGCUUGAAUUAUGGGUUAUGCUAUUAUCAAGGCACCGCUUUGACUUUCUGCUUGAAUAUACCUUGAUAAUAGCUGUACCCAUAAUUCAAAGAUAUAUAUGUGUGUGCUCUCAGUUGGCACCUCGCUGCUACGACCAGUUA